AAAACAUCGAAAGCAAUAUAAUUAUCGUUUAAAUGGAUAAAAUAUGAAUUUAAAUGUAUCGAUCUCUCGACAUACUAAUUAUGCAUAUUUCAAUCCCGGAAGUCACUCAGAACGAGGCUGUGACGUCAGUGGUUUCAUCAAUCAUAUUUGACUGACGGGUGUAUAGGCAUAAUUAGCGCAAUUUCAUUUUCGAAUAUCUUCCAACAAAACCCAUGACAGUGAUUAAAAAUGGUUCUGUGUGCUGCCAGUGGAUGCAACAAUAGGCAUAAGAAGGACAGUUUAAUUAGUUUUUUCCGUUUUCCGAGUAACCCGCAAACCAGGAAGGCGUGGACACACUAUUGUAAAAGAUGGGACUUCCUACCAAGCACUGGUCAUAGACUUUGUUCCGCCCACUUUACAAAUGCAUGUUACGAUCGUGACCCAGAAGUUCUGAAGAAUCUCGAGGGCUGUCCUACCAUGAAGCCAAAACUCCGUCCAAAUGCGGUACCUGACAUUCCAUUGACACAACCAACAACAGCUGAGCCAAGGCCACCUAUACCUAAGUGGGGAGCUUAUGAGAAGCGGAGAAAGGCUGACAUCCUACAGCUUGCAUAUUGCUUGAAAGAUCGUCAAUGUCGGACUCUUCGGAUGACGAAUUUAUAUCUUCUACUUGAUUAUUUUCAACAAGUAACGGCUCAAACUGAUACGAUCGAAUAUCUAAAGUUUGAGAGUUGUCUUGAAAACUGCUGUCAACACCGUCCAUUGUUUAAUUAUGCAGAAAUGUGAUCGACUUCGUCAAUAUUGAGACAUUUUCUCAGCUUGUAUCCACUGACGUCAUCACGAUCACGUGACCGGUAUCUAAUUAAAAAUCAAAGAUUACGACAAGCGCUGGAUUAUUUGACCAUAAAAAGGCCGUUUAAUGAGGUUUUGCCAAGAAAAAUUUAUUAAAAUAUGUUUUUUGACCAAUAUUAAUUAAUUAAAAAAAAAAAAAAAAAAAAAA